UCUCCAGGCAAAUCUUCUGUCUGAUCACUCGUCCUAUAUCCCCGAUGUUCAAGGGAGGGGUCGGCCCGGAGCAACUUGGGGGAAUUUGGGAGCGGCGGCAGCGCCUCUUGGGGCCGCGUGGCGGAGUGGGUGUCUUGUCGUAGGGGCUCCACGGAGGGCACGGCCCGGGCUCUGCCCGCUAGGUGCUGCGCGCGGCUUGAUGUGACAUCAGAGACGUCCUUCCCUGAUGACAGCGCUGUAGCUGACUCCCCUUUGGAUGAGCGGGCUCCCUGAGGAGAAGUCCCAGCUAUGCCCAGCCUCAGAGUUUGCCCCAAGGAGUCAGAGAUGGAAUCCUCAGCUCCAGAACCAUCCCCUUGGACCCCUGCAGCACAGGCUUGUGUGAGUGAUGCUCCUGUUGUGACCCGCCCUGGAUCUCCAAUCUACAGGCCCCUCAUCUGUGGCACUGUUGAACUGGAAACCAUCUGCCCUCAUCUUCAGCAGCCAGAUUGUGAUACCAAGACUGAAGACAAAGAGUGUUGUCUGAAGGAAAAUGUUUGUGAGGAUUUGAAAUCACAGGCAGAAAUAUCAGAAAACUGUGCAGGUGAUGUUUCCCAGAUGGCUGAGUUUGGAGAACUCUGUGAGGACAUAAUAGAAAGGGACUGGAGGGUCCCUGGAGAUGAGAACCUGGUACAGCCUCUCCACCAGAAGGGGGACUUCACACCAGUAACAGCGCUCCUUCAGGAUCCCUUAAGGGAGAAAGGUCUGGAUUGUCAUAGUUUUGACCAAAGCUUCAAUCUGAGCCCAAGCUUGAUGGUAUAUCAGGGAGUCCCUAUGGAAGAGAGGCCACGUCUGUAUGACACAUAUGGCCUUAAUGCCUUCCAGCACAUUGAGGACCUAACUGAUUGUGAGGGUGUUCCCCUAAGUGAAAGCCCAUUCAUAUGUAAUGGGUGUGGAAAAACCUUCAGAGGAAACAUUGACCUUUUUCAGCAUCAGAUAGCUAACACUGGAGAGAAGUCCUUUAUGUGUGAUGAAUGUGGGAAAUCCUUCAGCCAGAACUCAGUUCUUAAAAACCAUCAGCCAUCUCUUGUGAGUGUGAAAGCCUACCAGUGCAGUGAAUGUGGGAAAGCCUUUCGUGAGUGUGCAGACCUUGCUAGGCAUCAGAUUCAUCACAGCAGUGAGAGGCCUUAUGUGUGUAAUGAAUGUGGAAAAGCCUUCAGCCAGAACUCAAGCCUUAAAAAGCACCAAAAGUCUCACAUGAGUGAAAAGCCCUACGAAUGCAACGAGUGUGGAAAGGCUUUUAGGCGGAGCUCAAACCUUAUCCAACAUCAGAGAAUCCAUUCUGGGGAGAAACCAUAUGUGUGUGACAAAUGUGGGAAGGCCUUUAGGCGGAGCUCAAACCUCAUUAAACACCACAGGAUUCACACAGGGGAGAAGCCUUUUGAGUGUGGGGAAUGCAGGAAGGCCUUCAGCCAGAGUGCACAUCUCAGAAAGCAUCAGAGGGUUCACACCGGAGAGAAACCUUACGAAUGUAACGAUUGUGGCAAACCAUUCAGUCGAGUUUCCAACCUCAUUAAGCAUCACAGGGUUCACACUGGAGAGAAACCUUACAAGUGCAGUGACUGUGGGAAAGCAUUUAGUCAGAGUUCCAGUCUUAUUCAGCAUCAAAGAAUUCACACUGGAGAAAAGCCUCACGUGUGUAAGGUGUGUGGAAAAGCGUUUAGUUACAGUUCAGUGCUCAGGAAGCACCAGAUAAUCCACACAGGAGAGAAGCCGUAUGGAUGUAGUGUCUGCGGGAAGGCCUUCAGCCACAGCUCCGCUCUCAUCCAGCAUCAGGGAGUGCACACUGGUGACAAGCCCUACGAGUGCCAUGAAUGUGGGAAGACUUUUGGUCGCAGCUCCAACCUCAUCCUUCACCAGCGAGUCCACACUGGAGAGAAACCCUAUGAGUGUACCGAAUGUGGAAAAACUUUCAGCCAGAGCUCAACUCUCAUUCAGCACCAGAGGAUUCAUAAUGGUUUGAAACCCCAUGAGUGUAACCAGUGUGGUAAAGCCUUCAACCGAAGCUCAAAUCUUAUUCACCACCAGAAAGUUCACACUGGGGAGAAGCCCUACACAUGUGUUGAAUGUGGUAAAGGCUUCAGCCAGAGCUCACACCUUAUUCAACAUCAGAUAAUCCACACUGGUGAGAGGCCAUACAAAUGCAGUGAAUGUGGAAAAGCCUUCAGUCAGCGUUCGGUUCUAAUCCAGCACCAGAGAAUUCACACUGGGGUAAAGCCCUAUGACUGCACUACCUGUGGGAAAGCAUUCAGCCAGCGGUCAAAGUUAAUUAAACACCAGAGAAUCCACACAGGGGAGAAGCCCUAUGAGUGUAAUGAGUGCGGAAAAGCCUUCAGAGUGAGCUCAGACCUCGCUCAGCACCACAAGAUCCACACAGGUGAGAAGCCUCAUGAGUGCCUGGAAUGUCGGAAAUCCUUCACUCAACUCUCACACCUCAUUCAGCACCAGCGCAUCCACACAGGAGAGAGGCCCUAUGUGUGUCCCUUAUGUGGGAAAGCCUUCAACCACAGCACAGUCCUGAGGAGCCACCAGAGGGUACACACAGGGGAGAAGCCCCACCAGUGUGGUGAGUGUGGGAAGACCUUCAGUGUGAAGCGGACUCUGCUGCAGCACCAGCGGAGCCACACUGGGGAGAAGCCUUACACAUGCAGCGAGUGCGGCAAGGCUUUCAGUGACCGCUCUGUCCUCAUCCAGCACCACAAUGUGCACACCGGGGAAAAGCCCUAUGAGUGCAGCGAGUGUGGGAAGACCUUCAGCCACCGCUCCACGCUGAUGAACCAUGAGCGCAUCCACACAGAGGAGAAGCCCUAUGCAUGCUAUGAGUGUGGCAAGGCUUUUGUACAGCACUCACACUUGAUCCAGCACCAGAGGGUCCAUACUGGGGAGAAACCCUACGUGUGCAAUGAGUGUGGGCAUGCUUUCAGUGCACGCCGCUCUCUGAUCCAACAUGAGAGAAUUCACACGGGUGAGAAGCCCUUCCAGUGCACAGAAUGUGGGAAGGCCUUUAGCCUGAAGGCAACUCUGAUUGUUCACCUGAGGACUCACACGGGCGAGAAGCCUUACGAGUGCAAUAGCUGUGGCAAGGCCUUCAGCCAGUACUCGGUGCUCAUCCAGCACCAGCGCAUCCACACUGGGGAGAAGCCCUAUGAGUGUGGCGAGUGUGGACGUGCCUUCAACCAGCAUGGGCACCUGAUCCAGCACCAGAAAGUGCACAGGAAGCUGUGACCCAAGGGCAGCCCUCAGGAGCACCUGCACGCACAAGAACUGUUACAAGGGGCACAGGCAGCCUCCUUGUCAGGGAGCUUGUUUCCUCUACAAGACAUGCCAAAUGAUCCAGCAUCACUGCAUGCUCCCAAAGAAAGGCACAGGGCCUGUUCCUGUGGAAAACUUCCAAAAAUGUCUGUAUCUUUCUCAACAUCUUAAAGUUACAUUGGCAGGUAAUGGUAUAUUUGUAGUAAAUAUUGAUAAAGAUAGCCAUAAUUCUUUGUUUCUUUAACAUUAGUUUACUUGAAGUAACUAAGGGAAGUUAAAGUAUAAGAACUAUUAUCUCAACAUUCCAAAUAAAGUUAUUUUCCUUAGAAUCUACCUGCCUCUCCUAAAUACAACUGACCAUCCUAAUUGUUGUUCCUAAACUUAUAAUGUUGUACUAUUUUCAGUACUCCAUGAAAACACUAAAGUGCUGUACAGAUAAAGUGAUAUUUUAAAAAAUGAAUUGUCAAGUAUAAUCAUGUGAAAUAGCUGAAAAUUCUAAGUGCAUGGAAAUAUCUGUUUUGUAUUAAAAAAGAAAAACUUUCAAGAUACAUUAGUGAGAAGUGUCAUAAAUUUGGAAA